CUGAUCCGAAAACAAACACGCUUGAUCUAUUGAUAGACGACGAAUUUUUGGGGUUGUCUAACAAUAUAAUUUAUACUGUUGUAUUGGAACAUUUUGGCCUUCCAGAAAGAUGUCGUGCAUUGAGGACGGAUGGUUUCGAGAAAUAAAUGAGAUGUGGUCUGGAUAUUGUGUGUCAUUGCAAAUAGAAGAAAUUUUACAUCAAGAAAAAUCUAAAUUUCAAGAAAUACUCGUGUUUAAAAGUAAAUCAUUUGGCAAUGUUUUGGUCCUUGAUGGCAUUAUACAGUGUACGGAGAGGGAUGAACAUGCCUACCAGGAAAUGAUUGCACACCUCCCCUUAUCUUGUCAUGACAAUCCAAAACAGGUGCUUGUGGUAGGUGGUGGAGAUGGUGGGGUGGUUAGAGAGGUUCUCAAGAACAGUUGUGUCCAACGAGUGGUUCUCUGUGAAAUAGAUGAGCGUGUUAUUGAAGUAUGCAAGGAGCAUCUCCCCAGCAUGGCUUCCUGUCUCAGUGACCCAAAGGUGACGGUUUUUGUUGGAGACGGCAUUAAGUACAUGAAGGAGCAUAAAGGGGAGUUUGAUGUGAUAAUAACUGAUGCUCCAGACCCCAUAGGUGCAGCUGCGGGUCUGUAUGAGGAGUCAUACUAUGCCAGCAUGAAGGCAGCACUACGCCCCAGUGGAAUUAUAUGUUGUCAAGGAGAGAACCUGUACCUUGACCUGCCAUUGGUUCAGAAACUGAUGCGGAUCUGUCGACAGAACUUCUCAGCCGUGGGAUACGCCUACACUCUGAUCCCCACCUAUACCGGGGGUCACAUAGGAUUUGUUCUCACCAGUACCAACCCAGAUGUUAAAUUUAAUGAACCUAGAAGAAUAUACAAGGAGAGUGAGAUCAAGAAGAUGAAAAUGAAAUACUAUAACUCUGACAUUCACAAGGCAUCCUUUGUGAUUCCGCAGUUUGCUAAGGAGGCUCUGGAACAAGUCUCCAACGGCGUGUCGGACACAUGAGUCACUGUUUUAGCCUGAGUUGCCAGCUGCACCUGAUUACUGUGUAAUCUGAAUGACCUUCAUCACUUCCUUCUCUCCAGUAAUAAUGUGAACAGACAGAAGACUUUCAAUACACAGCAGUGGGAAUCAGGGCCGUCUUCCCCGUAGUCCCCUCCAGGCCAGUUCCAUACUCCUCAACAUAUAGGGCAGACUAAACUUGAAUUUUAUCUUACGAACACAGAUUUUGAUUUGUUUGCAUCGAGUGUUUGAUGUUUGUAAGCAUGGAGAGGGUGAAUUAUUUUGCAUUAUUUUACUUAUUGUGUGUUUCCAUAUUUCAGAGUUUAUAUCAAAUCUAUCAAUACUUUUUAUGAUAUAUAUUUUCUUCUGUUUGGUUGAUUUAGAUUGAAUGAUAUGUUUUUGUUUGAGUUAGUCUCUGUAGUAUUUUUACUAUGUAUUCAGCACUGAUGAUCUUGUCUCUAACAGAGUUGUUUUUCUUUUGUGCAUUAUUGAUUGUAACCUCAUUCUAAUCAACUUCAUAGAUUCAGGAUUAGCAUAAAUUUGCUUAGUGGUUUGAUAACUCCCAAAACUGUUUUUUAUUACUGAUAUCUGGAAUUUUGAAAUUUUAAAACCACCCUUUUUUUAAUUAAUUUUUUUUUUAUAUGCUUUAAAGAUUUCUGUAAAAGAUUACUAUGUACAUGAUAUCAUUUUAUGGCCCUUGAAUUGAAAACUAGGUAAUUUUAAAGUGGCACUGAAAAAUUACAUUUGACAUAGUAAAUUUAAAAUACUAUUUCAGUGUCAGUGGGCAAAAUUUCCACUGUUCAAAUUUAACCCUUUUAUCAAGCAGCUAAACAGAUGACAUACUUUAAGCUAGUAGCAUGUUUUACUCUUGACAACAGGUUGUCUGAAAGGCUGUUUUGGUAUUUAUUUUGGCUAGCAUCUGUGAACAUAAUAGGUGGUCCAUAUAUUUUAACAUCCUUAACUUGUUUAAAUUGGGCAUGUCGUAACAUUUAUCUACAUUCUUAUAUUAAUGCUUACUAUUACUAAGUGAAUUCAUAAGUGCAGAGUAAUUUGCUCCAGAUAACUUUUAUUGACAGGCAUAUAAAAGUUUUAAAUAAAGGACCUUUAAUAUUAAGCUUUUGAAGUUAUGAGGACUAUUUAAUGAACCAUGGUAUAUACUCAUUAACUCACAGUGUACUCCAUAUAAAGGUGUAAACUUUAUCAAAUCACUUAGUGUUUUUAUUUGUCAUCAUUUUUUUGUCUGCAUGUGAAUUGUUGGAUUAGAUGUGUGUUUUUUUAAAUGGUGCAGAUGGUAAGAUGCAUCCUAGUUGACCAGUCAGAUGACAUCUAUAACAAGAAAUAUAAAGUUUUAAUAUGUAAAUAUUUUAAUCAUUACUUGGACUGAUUUUAAAAUGAAAUCCGUUUUAUGACAGGUCUGAAAUGGUUUUAAGUUUGUACCACAUAUAAUCUUAUCAAAGAGUAAAAUUAUUGGUAGCAUAUUUUUUUUUUCACUUUAGAAGUGUUCUUUGAAAUUAUUAAUUGCUAGAUUCAAACAUCUUAGAUAUAUCGACUUACAUGUAAAGGAGAAGUGUGAACAUUCAUGUAUAGUUAUCGAAACAUGACUGUACAGGUACAAGUAUUGAUAGAAAUGUGGCAGAGAUGUUGUUUAUAUCAUGCCAUAAGAUGUUAAUCUUCAGCAAAUGAAUAACAAAUGUCUCAGUCAGUUCCCAGUAUUGGUGAAUUUAUUGAAAAAUAAUAAGGUCAUUAACAUCUCAAGGAAUUUAAUUAUAAGAUAGUGCAGUUAAUAUAUUUUUUCCAUUGAGAUAUAUCUUUUUUAACCGGAGACCAAAUUUUUGAAAGUAAAUAAAUGAAAAAAUGAAAUAUUCCAUUUGAAAUUGCAAUUCUUUAUGGAAAUAAAAUUCUGUUUUGAUUAGAAAUUACCAUAUCAUGAAUUUAAUAAAACCCUGUUAAUUUUUUCAGGAUGAAGUGAAGCAUACACUUCAUUCCAUUUUGGUUCUACAUGCACAAAAGUGAUUUUUCAAUAAUUGAUGUCAGUAGUACUGGAUGGUUUUUCACUCUGUGUAUUGAGACCCAGUUUGGUUGUUGUGCAAUAUUUAUGAACUUAUCUUCCUUGGCAACUUAGUAGAACAAUCCUGUGAUCAUGUGAUAGAAUCUGUUAUUUCCUAGUGCUAUCCUUAGAUAAUCAGUUUUGUUUUGAUGAUGUACUCACUACCAUUAGUACUUGCCUGAUUGUUAAUUUUUAAUUGGAAUGGACUGAUUCAUUGUGAUUCGACCAAGUGUUGCUAGAUGUGUAUUCAUACACAGUACAGUGUUGUUUGGAUGAAGGUUUAUAUCAAUGUGUUUUAAUAUUUGAGACAAUAAAUACCAUAAAGUACAAUGUA